GCAGUAUUUGUUUUUACAGUUGACUUGGUAACACUUUUCCUAAGAAAACUUCUCCUCUGGGGCCAUGGACGUCGUUGCAUUUCCUCGUUCUCAUACUCAGCUGACGUUGAACGACCCAGUGUCCCCCAAUACUCUGUGGAGAAAAAAGGAAAAUGUUUCUCCGCUUCGCAGACAAUUUACCAUAUCCAUGCCAUGGCCUCCCAAAGCAAAUGAUCGGAAAAGACAAACAUUUUUACCAGAUAUCCAAGGAAAUGCGCGACAUUCUGAGAAAAAGAUUCACUCGAUGUCUUUUUUAACCAAGCAACAGUCAAGUGUACAUGCCCCUCUUAUAAAAAGACAAAAUUCCUUGAAAUCUGGUAUUAAUUCAUACAACAUAAGGUCUGACUCUGCCCAAUCUAAUGAUGUCACGGAUUUUUCCCGGACCUUCCAAACUUUGAAUGACAAUAAAAAUUUAAAUACCCCUAUCGAUCGAUUAGGGUUUAAACCCAUUCAGCGGAACGUCGAUAUAAAAUGCGAACCCAGAACAGACUAUCCAAUACACAGUUUGAUACCAGGAGAGAGAAGAGGUCCUUUAAACCAGAGUACAAGAAAACAUUUCCGAAUCAUCAGAGUACUAUACAACACGAUGGCUUCCUUAAAACUGGACAACAGACAAGAACUGGCCUCUAAUGAUCAUGCACGGCAUCAUAACAAAAGACAGCAGCAGUGGAUACGGAGCGAACAAGUGAAAAACUGGAGAAGAUCCUCAGUGAAUAAAGCUUCAAAAAAGACAGGGUAUACCAGUGGCAGUUCGUCUGGACAGAAGUCUGACGUAAUUAGUGGAAACUCUGACGAUACAAUUCACACCACCUCCAGUCAAGGAGAAAAUAACCACAUCUUUGAAAAUCCCAUGGAUGCUGAAAUGAAGGAAAGUUUUCACAAAUGCCUAAAAUGGAUGGAAAAUUUACCAGAAAAAUUCUCCGGAAUGCACAUUUUUACCCCAUCUGUUAGUGACUGAAAUUCUGGCGAUGGGAUUUUUAGUGUAGCCAAAUUUCCCAAUUGGAGCUUAAUUAUCCAAAAUGGGCGACCGCUCCUAACCAAAGAAUCAGCCGGUCUGAUUGAGAAGCGAAGGUUUGGUCUUCCAUGUCCUGGAGACGAUGCCUGUGCCUCCUCCUGCCAGUAGAAAGCACGGUGCUAAUUCAUCCCGACAUCCAAUACAGUAAUUGCUGGAAGAUAACUGUGAACGAUGCUUAUGAGUUUCGAACAAAGUUGAAAAUAUAAGCUUUUGUGAUUUUUUCGAACAAUCAAAACAAUUUAUUUAUUUUAUUUCGCAGACACACAUUUCCAGUUGGAUUUGGACGUUUUGAUACUGCAGGGACAUACAUUUACGUGAUGCUAGUCAAGACAAUUAAUUAAUUAGCCAUGGAAUUGUCAUAUGUUUUUCAUAUUUAUCAUUUCAUACAUUAAAAUUAUCUUCCAUGUGCCAAACUUAAAUCAAAUUAUUUAGUUUAUUGAUAACCUCUAUUUGCUCUCACGUGUUUGACCUCUUGAUGUUUAAUUAAAUAUGGACUUGUACAUUUAAAUGAACAUUUAAAACUGGUCUAUUUUGAUACCACUUAUCAAAUUCCAAGUAUUUACGACUUCUGUUGGUAUUUUCACAUAAAUAUUUCACUGACCAUUUUCUGAUAAAACUUACAAAGUAAUGAAGUGAUAACUUUCAAUUUCUGGAGAGCAGUUCCAACUUCUUCUGUCGCUGUUCCAAUAUUUCUCUCAGAUUACUUUAACAACAAUGUCUUACUUCAAUUACUGCUGUGAUAAGUAUGUUAUAUAUGUUGAUUUGAUUGUUAAAUGCAAUAAAUGUUAUAUACGUUUCAA